AUGUCUCAGCCUCCGACACCGUCUAGCGUUGAGACUGAUGAUUCAUGGCCUCCCUUCUCCGAGGCAGAAUUGCAGUGCUAUCAGAACUCGAUCGAGAAUUCCUCCACGUCCCCUGUCGAGGACGUGACUCUUGAGAAACAUGGAAAGACCCACGACGAUCUUUGUGCUGUAGAGACUGAAACCACUGCUGCCGAACAUGAAGCUCUCAAGCCUGGAACUUCAUCCGAGUCAGAAUUAAUGUCCACCUGGGGAUUCAUCGAGCGUUCUCCCAUGCCCCCUCCAAAGCCGUCCAAGUCCCUUCCCGACUUGACCGAGUUCGCCUCUCUGAAGGGGAGAAAACAGACUCACUCUGUUCGUUUUGCUGAGGAUUCUGAGAUCACCUCUAACAAAGCUAAAAGGCCUAAGCUAGGCUUCCUUGACGUAAGUCCCGCGGGUUCGUCGUGUGCGCCCUCAGCGAGGUCACCAACUUUGACUGAGUUGGUCAUCUAUCUGACAGACAAGCAUUUGGGCGUUGCCAAGCUUGGUCCAGAGAUGGAACCCAAGGCAGAUCCCAUGCGUAAUGAGAUUCUGGCCGUUUACAAUUCUACGCAGGAGUUGCAGAAGCAGUUUGAGAAGGAGCCCGGAUGUGAUACCACGGAUUUUACAUUCUUCCGGUGUCGGAUGAUAUGGUAUCUGCAGGAAGUGAUGUCGCUCCUAAUCACAGACCUCAGAUUCUUGGAACACGAGCCGGUUAUUGCCGAGAUGCUUCGCAAGCACCUUGUUAGAGAUCUCAGGCUUAUUCAAGCCAGGCUGAGUAUCCCAGAAAGCGAGAAGAAUUGUCAUCAACAGCUUCUCUCGAGCCUUGAGUCACGCUUAUCUGAGUUGGAGACCAAGGUGAAGGGACUAGGGGCCUGCCACGACCGCAAGGUUGUGGAGGUGCUUGAUGAUGAGGAUGAGACUUUGCUUGAGACUCAGAGUCAGAGUCAGAGUCAGACUGAAACUGAGAUUGAGGUUCAACCUUAG